AGUCCGUGUUAGAGUACCCAAGUGGUCCGUGCACCGAUGUUCAGUUUUCUGGUGGUAGACUUGGGAGCAAUUUUGAACCUCAUCAUUGUCAAUGUGAAGGCACAUGCAGGAUGCUGCGCCCAACUUUUCGGUCCCUGGUGCGCCUUCCGGCCGAGGCGCAAUGGAUUGCCCGCCGACCUCAGAGCACUUUGGCAUCGCCUGCCGACUUAGUCCCUAAUAAAGUUGAGGCCACCGACUCCAAGGCCAACGGCAAGGAGACGAUGCGCUACCCUAGGUCGAUCGAGGCGCUGCACUUGAAGCCGCUGAAGCGAGAGGCCCAGUAUGGGAUUCCGUCGUGUGACCUGCAGCUUCGCUCCUAUAGCAUCCAACCACUCGAGUUCUUUUCCGACUUUGCUCUGCGAGCUGCCUAUUACCUCGGUUUGCCCGCUUACGGUCCCGUUCCGCUACCCCGAAUCACCGAGCGGUGGACGGUCCCCAAGAGUCACUUCAUCUUCAAGAAGGCACAGGAGAACUUCGAGCGAAAAACCCUGCGCCGCCUGAUUCAGAUCCGCGACGGAGACCCUGAGACGGUACAGCUGUGGCUUGCGUAUCUGCGCAAGCACCAAUACUACGGCGUGGGUAUGAAGGCCAACGUAUGGGAGUUCAGCAAACUCGGCGUUGGCAAGGAGAUGGACGCGCUCUCGGAGGAACAGCAAGGCCAGAUUGAGUCGAAGUGGGCGCACCUCGGCCAGACCAAGACGGUUGGCACCGUCGAGAAGGUGGAGGAGCUACUCAACACGCGACGAUUCCGAGAGGCUGCUGGCCUGAGGGAGCCGCCUACGACCAACGUGUAGGAGGCGCAAAGCAGGAGGCCACAUAAGGAACACCCUUUUCCAAGAAGAAAUGACUUGCUACCCGGGAUGAAUGGCCAUGUUGCCGGUGGGGGAGAAUAGUAUAUCUAUCAUUUUGUGUACAAUAGGCUGUCGGGGAGGACUUGAGCUUUUGUAAAAUCAACCUCAGGGGAUAAACGAAAGGCGCCUGUUACGAUGAGUUUCUGCUUUCUGUAUGCCUACUCUAUAUGUCUCUUAAGAAUGCUAAUCCUCAUGGUCAGCUGAUACGUAGCUUGUCACCGGUUCAUCAUCCCCAAUUCCGCGUGGGCCAAGG